GUGUGACGUAUGGGUUCAGAGUUUAAAGACACGCCCACUUUCCCCGCGUGGUGAACUGGAUCUAAAGUGUUGUUUUCGAAGUGAACUAAGAGGUAAAUAUGCACUCUUGUGCGGCAGCGUGGGAGUUCAUGGUGUAAACUGAGUUUGUUUCCCCCGUGGAGUAAAUGAAUGUAAGCAGACGACAGAAGCUGCUCUCCUCUAACUCGUCUCCACUCUCGGACAUUGAGUGGGUUACCUUGUUGUGCUAGCUGUAAGGAUCUGUAAGGAUGAAGACUUCUAACAGCAGCAGCGGGAUAAUGGACAUGUUUGAAAAGGGCAAAGUCCUGAAAAUAUGUGCCCCAAUGGUUCGAUAUUCAAAGUAAGUGAAAAUGUUUCUUUCUUUCUAGUACUUCACGAGUGUCUAUCAAAUUAUUCUUAAUUACCCUGAAUAAGAAACGUGCCCUGCACCGAGUAGCCAUAACAUUGAAGUGUUCAUAAUGUUCUGGCUGGUUGAUGUAAAGUGAAAUCAUCUGUUCAUUUGAGUUUUCUACCUCUGUUACAGGCUUGCAUUCAGGUCCUUAGUGAGAAAGUAUGACUGUGACAUUUGCUUCACACCGAUGAUUGUUGCUGCAGAUUUCCUGCGAUCUGUCAAAGCCAGAGACAGUGAAUUCACCACCAAUGAGAGUGAGUAACUACAUCCCAACAUACACUGAAAUCACUGAGUAAGGGAGAGUUGGAUAAGAUGAGCCAUUUUUCAUAUUUCAGAUCACAACAUCAAGCCAAUCAUAGUUUUGUCUCUAACUAGUGUAUCUGCAUAUAUUUUAAGAUGUUGUGCAUCCCUGAAAAUCAACAGAAUGAGUGUAACUGUCUUGAUAAUAUAGCAUGCCAAAAAAGUGGUCUCCUGUGGUCAACUUACCCCGCAUAAGUAACAAUUAGGGCCCGACCGAUUUACCGGCGAGCCAAUUAAAUCGGCCAAUUUUGGCCCGGUUGAGAGUUAUUGGUAAUCGGCCAAUUUUUGCCAAUAUUUUCAGAAAUAAAAUAUGGAGAAUAAGAUUCAGUUUCACUUCAAAAAUGUUCUGCCAUUUGAAAAGUUCCCCAACUUAUCCUGUAGAUGGCGCAGCAGCCUCAUGAAAAUCUUCAUCCACUAACUACCUCACAGCACAGCAGAGCGACAACUGAAAAUGCUUUUCUGGUCUGAGUUUGAUUAGUUGGUCUUAGAAAUAAAAUUCUAACCCCUUCACUCAUGUGCUUCUAACCUUCACAGACUCCAUGAAUUAAUCUCCUAAAUAUUUGGUCACAUGAUCAAUUUCUUUUACCAUUUCCAAGCAACAGGAGGUGGCUCAACUUACCCAACUCUCCCCUACUGUCACAUGUCCCACACCACCACUUUCUAAUGCAUGGCAUAAACAGAUCAGUGUUUAUAUUACAUGGUAUGCCAGUAGAAAAAUGAUGACACUUAUAACACUUUUGUGUGUCCAUCUGUCCUGCCCAGAUGACAGGCCCCUGAUUGUGCAGUUUGCUGCCCAUGAUGCCCAGUCUCUGGCUGACGCAGCCUGUGUGGUGGCGCCUUUCUCGGAUGGUGUUGACCUCAACUGUGGCUGUCCUCAAAGGUGCAACAACUACUAUAUAGUAGUCCCUGGUGCAUUUUGGCUUCUAGCCAUUUAAAGAACUUUGUUAUUUCAGGCCUUUCCGUAUCAGGAUUGAAACCUUUAUUUUUAAUGCAUUUUAAUUUCUAAUGAAAAGUAAUGAAUUUGCUCUGUUACUAUGUUUUCAGGUGGGCUAUGUCAGCCGGGUAUGGUGCAUGCCUCAUCAACAAACCUGAACUUGUGAAAGACAUGGUCAGAACGGUCAGGAACCAAGUAGAUAAUCCAAACUAUACAGCAUCCAUCAAAAUAAGGUAAAAACCAGACUCAGUUAAUAUAAUGCUAUGACUAAACAAAUCAACUUAUGAGGUUCAAUAUCAGCUGGCAUUAGCGUGUUGUGAGAAUGUUGUACAAUCACAUGGACAAAGUGUAUGUAUGUAUGAUUUGUAUGAUGUCAGAACAGGAGAAAAAAAAAACACAGAAAUUUUUACUUCUACCACAGAAUUCACAAGGACCUGAGACAGACUGUGGAUCUGUGCCAGAAGGCUGAAUCAGCUGGUGUGUCUUGGAUUACAGUUCAUGGGCGAACAGCAGAAGAACGCCACCAGCCGGUCCAUUAUGAUGCCAUAAAGACAAUCAAAGACAGUGUUUCCAUUCCUGUUAUUGCCAAUGGAGACAUCAAAUAUCUCCGCGAUGUGGAGUCUGUUCACCAGCUUACUGGUGUUGAUGGUAAGAUUCUUUGCACUUUUAAAUAAGUCUAUUCACUAAAACAGACAAAUGCAUAAAUCAAACUGUAUUUCAUUUGGCGUUUCUAUGGAUUUGCUUUUCAGGUGUGAUGGCUGCGCGGGGGCUGCUCGCUAACCCUGCCAUGUUUGCUGGCUAUGAUGACACUCCUCUGGAGUGUAUAUGGGACUGGGUGGACAUAGCUGUAGCGCAGGGAACUCCAUUCACCUGCUUUCACCACCAUUUAAUCUACAUGCUGGAGAGAGUUAGCUCCCAGCCUGAGAGAAAGAUGUUCAACUCUCUGUCCAGUACCUCAGCUGUAAUAGAUUACCUCAAAAACACGUACGGGUCAGUGCAUGAACUUUGAACAUGAUGGGAAUGUGUUAUUUUUGGUUUUUAACUUCUGUUUUUUUAUAUUAUUAUUUUUAUGCCAAAUAAAUGUGGUUAUUUAGCUGUACCUCU